CGGAGUCGCCGGUACAAACGUGCGAUACGCGUGUGUUUGCGAUAGUGUUUGUCUGCGCCUCGCGUCGCCUUGUUGACUCUCUAUUAAACAUAGACUCAUUUAAAUAUUCCAUUCGAAUAUUCGCUUAGAAAAAAGGUUCUGAUUUGUACUUGUAUCUGACGCGAGUGAUGACUCCAACGAACGGCGAGGCGGUGGAGCCUCCGGAGGUGGUUGUGCUGGACGGGGGCUUCUCGUCGCAGCUGUCGUGCCACGUGGGCCACGUCAUCGACGGCGACCCGCUCUGGAGCGCCCGCUUCCUCCACACCAACCCCGAAGAAGUCGUCAACGCGCAUUUGGACUUUUUGAGAGCUGGAGCGGAUCUGAUCAUCACAAAUACGUACCAAGCGUCAAUAGGCGGUUUCGUGGAGCAUUUGGGCGUUAACGAGGAACAGGCGUACGCGCUAAUAGAGCGCGCCGUUGAGCUCGCUAAACGCGCCCGCGCAAUCUACCUCGAGGAAUUCCAAAACUUCUUGCAAAAUGAUCACGUGCCGCUGGUAGUGGGGUCCGUCGGUCCUUACGGGGCCCAUUUACACGACGGCUCCGAGUACGACGGCAGCUACGCGGAUACAACAUCAGUGGAGACAAUGCGCGAAUGGCACCGACCACGCAUUCAGGCGCUCGUGGACGCAGGAGUCGAUCUGCUUGCGCUUGAGACUAUCCCGUGCCAAGAGGAGGCUGAAAUGCUUUGCGAGCUGCUCCGAGAAUACCCCCACAUGAAAGCUUGGCUGGCCUUCAGUUGCAAGGAUAACCAAAGCAUAGCUCACGGCGAAAGUUUCCAAAAAGUGGCAAAGAAGUGUUGGGAAGCGAACCCUGACCAGCUGGUGGCCGUGGGGGUGAACUGCUGCGCGCCUUCCUACGUGAAAAAUCUCCUGAAAGGCUUCAACGACGACCGACCACACGCGCCGAUUCCACUUAUCGUUUACCCCAAUUCAGGCGAAAAAUACAACCCCGAAAUCGGUUGGAUCGACCGCGACAAAUGCGAAGCCGUGGAAGUGUUCAUCCAAGACUGGCUGGACCUCGGCGCGCGGUACGUCGGCGGCUGCUGCCGCACGUACGCGGCAGACGUCACCCGGAUCCGCAACCAGGUCGGCAAGUGGCGCGAGCGGUUCCGCUUCCAGAACUUUAACGCGGAAACCGCCAGCCAACACGUCUCCUAAAUACCGACAUUACGCUUCUUUAUGACCCUAGUCGAACAAGACAAAUGACCGAAUUUAUUAAUGUUCCGAGACUUUGAGUUACCUAAUUAGCUUCCUGGCCUAUUUAAAUGGCCGUAAGUUUUAUAAGUGUGUAAAUGUUAAGAUGUUUAGAAAUAUUGAUUAAUACUGUUCAUUGUUGUAAGUUUCAGUACUUACGUACGUACUUUGAUUACGUAGAUUCGUACUUUGAUUCGUGGGGUAAAAUCGAUCAACGAUUUUGAAGCUUUAAUGAUGUCGGUUAUUGAACGUGACCUUAAAAAUCUAUUGAUGUCAAUUGAGACAUUCUUAACAGAAAUACGUUACAUUAUGAACGCACUCAAUCAUUUUUCAUCAAUGUAAAAAAAUCCAUGAAUGAAAGUAUGUAGUCUACUGUGUUAUACUUACACGGUGUAACAUGAGGAAACCGAAUAAUUUUAACAGCGUAUUCCUGAUCAUAUUUAGAGACAAAAAUGUCCUAUAAACUUUUUUGAAAUUCGCCUAGUUCCAGAGAUGAUAUUAAUUUAAAAAAAAGACAAGUUUUUAUAGUUACAUAGUGUAAAAGGCCUUUUUGAUAAAAAAAUACACAAAAAAAAUUGAAAAACCAAACAAUACAAAAAUUUCUUUUUGGCUAAAUUGACCUAAACUCAUAUUAAAUUUUUUCCUUCUUUUGACCUCAGAAAUGCGUGGUUAAAAUUAUUCGGUUUCCUCAUAUUACACCGUGUAUAUUGUCAGUCAGAAAUGAGCAGCAAUUUAUAAUACCAAAAUAAACGUAUUUUUGAGAAAUACGAAAAUCAAA